AUGGCGUCCUCCAUAUCAUCCUUAGUAGACCAAGCACGGACCUACGUUGGUUCAGUGGCAUGGGACCCAACGAUCAAGGCAUGCCGAAGGUCAAUACUGUCGCUGUUGUCAGAGGUCAAAAUCGGUCGUCUUAUCGUGGUCGAAGAUGACGGCAAAGAAACAAUCUGUGGUCAGGCCGGGGAGCAAGUUGAGCCUCUGGCGCGGCUCCAAGUCUUGCGUGAUGCAUUCUGGCUGCGCUUAGCUUUGUUCGCCGACAUGGGUUUCGCGGAGUCCUUCAUGCUUGGUGAGGUCAAAUGCUCGAACCUCACGGCAUUCUUUCAGUUGUUCAUUCUCAAUCGCAACGAAUUGUCAAACGCGACCACGAUAACUUCAUACCUUUCCUCCACAAUUAGUGGAUUGUUGCGCCGCACGAAUACGCUGCACAACGCUCAGUUGAAUGUUAGCGCACAUUAUGAUAUCAGUAAUGAGAUGUUCGAAGCAUUUCUGUCUAGAGACAUGACAUACUCCUGUCCCAUAUGGUCGCCGCUGUCGAAAGAGCACGGGUCGAAAAAUGAGGAAUCCUUGGAAGACGCGCAGAUGCGAAAACUGGAUCGCUUCAUUGACAAUGCAAGGAUAAAACAGACGGACCACGUUUUAGAGAUUGGAACAGGCUGGGGGAGUUUUGCCAUCAGAGCAGUCCAAAGAACAGGGUGUCGUGUGACUUCUUUAACCCUGAGCCGGGAACAAAAAGACCUGGCGGACCAGAGGGUCGCAGAUGCAGGGUUGACUGACAAUAUCGAAGUGCUGCUUUGCGACUACAGAGCACUGCCAAUGCCUCGCGAGGGUCCGUACGACAAGCUUGUCAGCAUCGAGAUGCUUGAAGCAGUAGGGCGAGAGUUCCUUAUAACGUACUUCGACUGUGUUCAUAAACUUCUCAAGCCGGACGGUGGCAUAGCGGUCUUCCAGUGUAUCACCAUGCCCGAGUCGAGAUACGAAGCAUACGCCAAAGGCGAAGACUUCAUUCGGAAAUAUAUCUUCCCUGGCGGUCAUCUACCCACGGUCUCACAACUGGUUGAUUCCAUUAACAAAGGCAGCCAGGGAUUACUGGUGGUCGACUCAAUCGAGAACAUAGGCCCACAUUAUGCGAAGACCCUUCGUAUAUGGAAGGAGAACUUUGAGCGGAACUUCCAGAAAUGCAUAAAACCAGCGCUGUUGGCCGAACACGAGGGAAUGACCGAGAGCGACGUUCAAUUGUUUCGGAAGAAAUGGGAGGCGAGUUUGUCCUUUCCUGUUGUGGAGUCGCAGUGA